AUGUUGGAAGUUCUUAACGCGUAUGUAAAUGAAUACGGUGUAUAUUUUCUAGAAUUACCCUCAAAAAGAGUGGGUGUCACAAUAAAUGUGGGUGGUGAGGAUUUUAUCUACCGAUACAACGAUGCCGACAAAGUUAUCCGAGUAGGUUUCGAGCCCGCUAAUAAUAAAGCAAUUGAACUAGAAUUCACUAAAAAUCUACAAUAUAUGUUGGGUCUUGACAAGUGGAUUCUUCACCCCACUGUAAUUUCGGAGACAGAAUUCCGCGCGUGGGGAAAGCUCACCCCCAUACAGCAGAUAAUAAAUACUGCAUUUUUAGAAAUGAAUGGUUUCAAUAAACCCUACAACCCUGCUUUGGGCACAUUUUAUGGGGCGUAUUUACCCGACAUGACAAAUGGUCUAACACGCAUGUUUAUUUACUGUGACGAAGUUGUUGCGUCUAUGGUGGGGGAUGUGUAUGGAAAGUUAUUAGCCGUGCUCAAAAUCGAAACAAACG